AAGUCCCAGAAAACCUACCUUCUUAGAUUACAACGUCAAGGUGAAGAGAGAGAGAGGGUGGGUGACAGUUCCACUAGACUGUCUGUCUCUCUUUGAGUGAAGAGCCAGCUCCGAUCUUGGGGGUUUCCGAAUCUCAUACUACCCAAGUACCCAACUACGAUCGACCCAGGAAAAUCAUAAUAAUAAAAGUCGGGAUUUUUCUCCCAUUUUUUGAUCCCAAACAUCACAAGGCUACAAUUUUAGCUCCAUGAUUCUUCAUGGCUCCAACAUCUUCAGGUGGUACAGGUGUUGCUACAUUGCUGUGAGCUAUCUUCUGGCUUUUAACCAGCUAAUUUAGGGUUUUCUGUCAUAAAUAUCGAUGGUUGCAAAGGGCUAGUGGAAUCAUGGACUAUUUCCAGACUACUAGUCAUCUUAAGGGUUUUCUAUGCCGUCUGUUACUAUUAUUCAUCAUUUGGUUAUACAGUUUUCAAGAAUUAGUGGCACUGCAGACGCAGCUUGUGCCUACUCACAUUUCUUCCACAUCAGAGCUAGCUAAUCCGCCUAUUACUGGACUGUUUGAUCCUAUUGAGAUAUCACCAGCUGUCAUUCCCCACUACCCAAAUCCUGGUGAACCUUUGCCACCUAUGUACCCAACCUUUCCAGCCAGAUAUGAGCCAGUUCUAACAGGAAAAUGUCCUGUAAAUUUCUCUCUUAUAUCAAGUGUCAUGGACAAAACAGCAUCUGAUUGUUCUCAGCCAUUUGCAGCACUUGUAGGAAAUGUAAUAUGUUGUCCACAGUUGAGUAGUUUACUCCAUAUCUUCCAGGGUUUCUACAGCAUCAACUCUGAUAAGUUGGUUUUGCAAGAUGCUAUUGCUAAUUAUUGUUUUAUAGAUAUCAUUAAUAUCUUAGCUAGCAGAGGGGCAAACAGAACGAUACCUACACUUUGCUCUGUUAAAUCGUCAAAUCUUACAGGUGGAUCUUGUCCUGUGAAGGAUGUUGUUACCUUUGAGAAAACAGUGAACACAAGCAAAUUACUGGAGGCCUGUGGAACUAUUGAUCCUCUUAAAGAGUGUUGUAGACCAGUUUGCCAGACUGCAGUAAUGGAUGCUGCUUUUCAGCUUUCAGGAAGACAAUUGACGAUCAACGAGAACAAAAAUAUAGUUGGGGAGCUUGAUCAUAUUGAUUCUCUUAAUGAUUGUAAACGUGUGGUUUAUUCCUAUCUUUCAAGGAAACUUCCGUCAGAUGCUGCAAAUACUGCAUUUCGAAUAUUAUCUGCCUGCAAAGUCAACAAAGUUUGUCCUUUAAGUUUUAAGCAGCCUUCUGAAGUAAUUCAAGCAUGUCAUAAUGUAGCUGCUCCCAGUCCUUCCUGCUGUAGCUCAUUAAAUACUUACAUUGCUGGGGUUCAAAAGCAAAUGCUAAUAACAAAUCGACAAGCCAUAAUAUGUGCAACAGUGUUUGGGUCCAUGUUACGGAAAGGGGGAAUUAUGGCAAAUAUUUAUGAGCUCUGUGAUAUUGACUUGAAAGAUUUUAGUAUUCAAGUAUUUGGACAAGAAGGGUGUCUACUCCGAAGCUUGCCCACAGAUAUGAUAUUUGACAAUACUACAGGCUUCAGCUUUAUAUGUGACCUGAGUGACAACAUUGCAGCACCAUGGCCUACAUCAUCCUCAAUUUCAUCCGUGUCUCUCUGUGCACCUGAGAUGUCAUUGCCUGCACUACCAACUUCAGAGACUUUAAAAAAUCCUGGUUGUCGUGGCGGUGAGCUAGAACUGCUGGUACCCAUUUUUUCAUUUUUUGUUUUCGGUGCGUUAUUAUUGUAUUGAUGAGAUUUAGCUGGGGUUGAGCCUGUUUGAGUUAGGGGUUUUGGGAAAUUGGUUGUGUUGUUAUUGCAUAUGUAUAUCUUGAAUUAGCCUCCAUGUAUAGCAGCUGCUUUUUUGUUUUU